AAAUUCUCUUCUUUCUGAUGCCCCUUUACACACAUUCGUUAUUAAAAAGCAUUUGCUUUACUUUGUGUUAUUACAUCUGAGCAUCUUCCUUUUACUUUUUUGUAUAUAUUAAAGUAUGAGCUGCAAUUAUGCGGAUAACCUGUCACCGUAUGGUAAUAAAGGAAUUUUGGGUAUACCGGAGGAAUUCGAUAGUGCAGAAUCGGUGGAGACAAAAUGUGAAGAAUUGGUGGACUGGAUUCUAGCUGCGAGAGGGCGUGUAGUGGUGCACACAGGAGCAGGCAUAAGCACCAGUGCUGGUAUACCCGAUUUUCGUGGCCCAAAAGGGGUAUGGACUUUAGAAGAAAAGGGUGAAAAACCUAAAAUAAAUGUAUCCUUUGAAGAUGCCAUACCAACAAAAACCCAUAUGGCGUUGAAAUCAUUGUCCGAACAGGGUUUUGUGAGGUUUGUGAUUAGCCAAAAUAUCGAUGGACUUCAUUUGAAGUCGGGCUUGUCACGCCAGAACUUAGCCGAACUUCAUGGCAAUAUGUUCAUAGAGCAAUGUAACAAAUGUAGGCGACAGUUCGUACGGUCGACUACAGCGAAAACAGUAGGCCAGAAACCAUGUGGUGGGGUAUGUCGAUCAGGUGAAUUUGGACAAGCCCGUUCAUGCCGUGGUGGCUUGCUUGUAGAUAAUGUUCUUGACUGGGAAGCUGAUCUUCCAGAGCGCGACUUAGAUAUGGCUUUCAUGCAUUCCAUGCUAGCCGAUGUAAAUAUAGCACUGGGCACAACUCUACAAAUCAUACCAAGUGGGAACUUGCCGUUGAAUAAUAAGAAAUACGGUGGUAAAGUUAUUAUAUGCAACCUUCAACCUACUAAACAUGAUAAAAAGGCUGAUUUAAUAAUAUCUACCUAUGUAGAUGACGUUUUGGAGAAAAUAUGUAAACGUUUAGGCAUCGAGAUACCAUCUUACAAUGCUUCAGAAGAUCCCACCAGGGCAUCAACUGCCCAAAACUCUGAGUGGACUAUACCGGCACAUACGGUCAAAGAGUUGGAAAAAGAAUACAAUGCAAAAUUAAAAACCUUUAAAAUGCAACAGAAACGGAAGCAGAGUACAGACCUCCCCAAAGCCAUAACGAAAGUAAUAAAAAAUAAAAAGCGCAAGCACGAAGAAUAAUGAUGCUCUUUGUCUAUUAUAUGAAAACAUCGAGCCGAAACUAUGCGAAACCUUUAGCCCAACAUAGUACUUAUCCCAAAAAAUAAUCGCAUUUAAUAGUAACUUCUAAAGCAAUCGAAUAUAAUGUAUAAGAUCUUCAGUUAAUGUGAGCAAAAAGCAUUGUAAUAUUAUUUUGACGAAUAUUUAGAAUGUUUACCCCUUGAUUAUGGCAAUAUUCACAUCCUUGAAUAAGUGCUAAGAUAUCAAAUACACAUUUGUGGAUGUUUUAAUAUACAAUUUUUCAUUUUAAUUUCUCGCUUCAAUUUGUGUACAAAAAUCAUAAUACAUACAAACAUUAAAUGUCA